AUGGGUGCCCUUUUCUCAACGUUAUGGGCGAUGUGGUUCGGCAGCAAGGAGUACAAAAUUGUUAUGGUGGGACUGGACAACGCUGGCAAGACGACGAUUCUUUACAAGCUUCAUCUGGGUGAAGUCGUCCAAGCGACUGCAACUGUGGGGAGCAACGUGGAGCUCGUCCGCUUUAAAAACAUACAGCUGGAGAUUUGGGACCUUGGGGGCCAGCAGAACCUCCGUCCCUUUUGGGCCACGUACCUGAAGAACACGGAUGCCGUGGUGAUGGUGGUGGACUCCACGGACCGGGCCAGAGUGGGAGUUACCAAGUCCGAGCUGUUCAACUUGUUGGAGAGUGAAGAAUUGGCCAAGGCCCCUAUAUUGGUGUAUGCCAACAAGCAGGACUUGCGAGACGCGAUGACGGUGGAGGAGCUGACUCAAUCGCUGAUGCUGCAUAGCAUCCGCAACCACGACUGGCACAUCCAGGCCUGCUGCGCGCUUACAGGGGAGGGGCUGCUGGACGGAAUUAACUGGAUCUACCAGCGGACGAAGGGGAACGGCUCGUGA